AUGGCUUCGUCGACAGCGUGUACAUCCUGCCUGCGCGCAGCGAGAAGAGUAGCGACACACAACACACGGCCCGCGAGCAUCACACACAAUACAGCGAGAGCAUACAGCCGCGCCACCGCCACACCACAGCUCUACCUCGACUUCCUCGCGCCCUGCACCCUGCCGCGUGCCUUGCAGCCAGCACCCGCCUUCAAGAAGAGCUCCCGUCUCGUCUUCACCCCUCAAAUACCACGCCGCACACUAGCCACCGCCGCGACACCCGUCGCCCCUUCUGCCUCCACGCCCGCCCGCGCCAUCCUGCACCCACGCACCGACUCCACUGGCGCACCCCUCCUGCUCUCCAUCUCGCCACGCGCCAGCGCCCGCCUCUCCACCAUCGCGCAGAAAGACAACAACCCACAGUCCGCACUGCGCGUCAGCAUCGAGUCCGGCGGCUGCCACGGCUUCCAGUACACGCUCGCUCUCACCGAUCUCACCAAAGAACCGCCGACAGACGAAGACACGGUGUUCGAGGGCGCCAAGGGCGAGAAGCUGGUUGUGGACGAGGCGUCGCUGGAGAUGCUGAAUGGCAGCACGGUGGAUUACACGAUGGAGCUGAUUGGCAGCCAGUUCAAGAUUACGGGGAUUCCGGGCGCGACGAGCGGGUGUGGGUGUGGGACGAGUUUCGACAUCAAGUUCGAUUAG